AUGAAGACACGCCGCGGUCGCUCUUCUUCUCCUCGACGCAGCCGUGGCGACUACUCGAACCCUGUCAUGAAACAUCCUGGCUCGUCCGAGACACAAGCUGGUCUCAAGUCAUUUACAGGGGCUGUGACCGGCGCAUCCUAUGGUUCAGUACAAAGUUUCGGCGCCAUGGUCAUCUUACAGGAGUAUUUGGAAGGAGCUUUUGUAGUGCAGAUGGCUAGCGACAACUCAGAGACGGUGUUAGGUCACUCACCAGAUACUCUAUUUGCGCUUCAGAGCUUCUCUGACCUUUUAAAUGACGAUCAAGUUGAGAUAUUCUCCCACUACAUUGACCUCAUUCAGCCUCCGGUCGAUAACCGCGUCAUCGUUGGUCCCGCAAUGUUUGAACUUACUAUUGACGAUCGGCUUGGCAUUUCACGGCGGCUUUGGUGUUCCCUUCACGCCAAUCCUCUCGAUAGGAAUACAUUGAUAUGCGAAUUUGAAUUGCAAAAUGAUCAUAUGAACCCUCUUAAUGCUGCCGCUAGGAUACUUCCAGCUGGCUUGGCCGGAACCUCAGGCCACUUACCAAAAAACUGCCGCAAAACUAGUGUGUUUGAUGGUAUCUACCGACCAUUGCGUAUACUGCCUAGUACACGCAAGGGUGUCGCCGAACUCACCGCUAUGGAAGCGAUUAGAAUUGUCGACCAAAUACAAAAUCAGCUAGGUAGUGCUUCGACUGUAGAGGCCUUGUUGGAGAUCACGGUGAGCUCAGUCAGAGAUUUGACUGGCUUUAGCCAUGUGGUGGUGACUAAGUAUGAAAGCGAGACGCAUGCACUCAUUUCGCCAGCUUUAACAGAAUCAAGUUUUAUGGAGUUGGCCAUUCCCCACCAAGCACAGAAAAUCCCACAUGCAGAGCAAGUUUGGUUAGUAUAUGACCAGGAGCAAACGAAUUCUCGGAUGAUCUGUCGGGACACCGAGAAUGCCAAGCAUACGCUUGACAUGUCAUGUGCAUACCUGCGGGCAAUGUCGCCAAGUCAGGUCAACACUCUGCGUCUAAACAAAAUACGUUCCUUCAUGUCGGUCAAUAUUAUUGUCCCCCAUAAAGUUUGGGGCGUGAUCUCUUGUCGCUCCUACGAACAGUUUCCCAUGAGGGCGCCUCUCCCGGUUCGAAAGAUUUGUCUAAUAAUCUGCAACACACUCGCACGCAAUAUCGAGCGCCUUUCAUAUGCUCCGCAUCUUCCGCGACGAGCUUCUUAG